CCGCACCUCUCGCGGUCGGUCUCCUCUCCGAACGCCCGCGUUCUCCAUCUCCUGCCCGCGCCCCGAUGGCCACCGCCGGGCCGCGGAGCCCCCUGCGCGGAGCUCUCUGCAGGCUGCUGCUGCUGCCCCUCUUGGUCUUCAGUUUUGCUGGUGAGGCCUGCAAAAAGGUGGUAUUUAAUGUACCUUCUCAACUGGAGGCAGACAAAAUAGUCGGCAGAGUUAAUUUCAAAGAGUGCCUCAGGUCUGCAGACCUUAUCCAGUCAAGUGAUCCUGAUUUCAGAGUUCUGGAUGAUGGGUCAGUGUACACAGUCAGAGCUAUGAUGCUGUCUGAUGAGAAAAGAUCAUUCACCAUAUGGCUUUCUGACAUAAAGACAGGGAUACAGAAAGAGAUUACUGUGCUCCUAGAACAUCAGAAGAAGGUCUUGAAGAAAAGACACACUAAAGAAACUGUCCUCCGGCGAGCCAAGAGAAGAUGGGCACCUAUUCCUUGCUCAAUGCAAGAGAAUUCCUUGGGUCCUUUUCCUUUACUGCUUCAACAAGUUCAAUCUGAUGCAGCACAGAACUAUACCGUCUUCUACUCAAUAAGUGGUCGUGGAGUUGACCAAGAACCUUUAAAUUUGUUUUACAUAGAAAGAGACACUGGAAAUCUGUACUGUACCCGACCUGUGGAUCGUGAAGAAUAUGAUGUUUUUGAUUUGGUUGCCUAUGCGUCCACCGCAGAUGGAUAUUCUGCAGACUUUCCUCUUCCAUUGCCUAUCAAAGUGGAGGAUGAAAACGACAACCACCCUGUUUUUACUGAAGCAGUUUAUAAUUUUAAAGUUCCAGAAAGUAGUAGACUUGGUACUACUGUCGGGGUGGUUUGUGCCACGGACAGAGAUGAACCUGACACAAUGCACACGCGACUGAAAUACAGCAUUUUGGAGCAAACACCAAGAUCUCCUGGGCUUUUUUCUGUGCAUCCAAGCACAGGUGUCAUCACCACUGUCUCUCAUUACUUGGAUAGAGAGGUUGUAGACAAGUACAUACUGAUAAUGAAAGUACAAGACAUGGAUGGUCAGUUUUUUGGAUUGAUUGGCACAUCAACAUGUAUCAUUACAGUAGAAGAUUCAAAUGACAAUGCACCCACUUUCAGACAAAAUGCUUAUGAAACAUCAGUCGAGGAAAACACAUAUAAUGUGGAAAUCUUACGAAUACCUGUAGAAGAUAAGGAUUUAAUUAAUAGUUCCAAUUGGAGGGCCAAUUUUACCAUUUUAAAAGGAAAUGAAAAUGGAUGCUUCAAAAUCAGCACAGACAAAACCACUAAUGAAGGUGUUCUGUAUGUUGUAAAGCCAUUGAAUUAUGAAGAAAACCAUCAAGUGGUCCUUGAACUUGGAGUAAGCAACGAAGAUCCAUUUGCCAGAGAUUUUGCAUCCAGAGUGCCAACCAUGAAUAGAGCAUUGGUUACAAUUCAUGUGAGAGAUCAGGAUGAAGGACCUGAAUGCAAUCCUCCGGCGCAGUAUGUUCGGAUUAAAGAAAACUCAGCAGUGGGCUCAAAGAUCAAUGGCUAUCAGGCAUAUGACCCUGAAACUAGAAAUAGCAAUGGCUUAAGGUACAAAAAAUUGAAUGAUCCAAAAGGGUGGAUCACCAUUGAUGAAAUUUCAGGGUCAAUCAUAACUUCCAAAUCCCUGGAUAGAGAGGCCAUGGACUUCAGAAACGACUUAUAUAACAUAACAGUCCUGGCAAUAGACCAAGAUGGUAGAUCGUGUACUGGAACACUUGCAGUGAACAUUGAAGAUGUGAAUGAUAAUGCACCUGAAAUACUUCAAGAUUAUGUAACAAUCUGCAAAUCAACAAUGGGCUACACUGACAUUUCAGCUGCUGAUCCUGAUGAGCCCGCCCAUGGAGCUCCAUUUUAUUUCAGCUUGGGAAAUACUUCUCCAGAAAUUAAUAGAAUCUGGACCCUCCACAGAGUUAAUGAUACAGCUGCCCGUCUUUCGUAUCAGAAAAAUGCUGAACUUCAAGAAUAUUUCAUUCCUAUUACUGUAAAAGAUAGAGCAGGUCAAUCUGCAACAAAAACCUUGAGAGUCAAUCUGUGUGAUUGUACUCACUCAAAUCAGUGUUUCUCAGCCCCGAGGAGUGCACGAGUAGAACUUGGAAAAUGGGCGAUCCUUGCAAUAUUACUGGGAAUAGCUCUACUGUUUUCUGUAUUGCUAACUUUAGUAUGUGGAAUUGUUGGUGCCAGAAAAGGAAAACAUUUUCCUGAAGAUUUAGCACAGCAAAACUUAAUUAUAUCAAACACAGAAGCACCUGGAGAUGACAGAGUGUGCUCUGCCAAUGGAUUUAUGACACAGACUGGCAACAACUCUAGCCAAGGCUUUUGUGGCACCAUGGGAUCAGGAGUCAGAAAUGGAGGGCCAGAGACCAUUGAAAUGCUGAAGGGACACCAGACCUUAGACUCCUGUCGGGGGGCUGGGCAUCACCAUACCUUGGAUUCCUGCAGGGGAGGACAGGUGGAGAUGGAAAACUGCAGAUACACUUACUCUGAGUGGCACAAUUUCACUCAGCCCCGACUUGGUGAAAAGUUACAUCUGUGUAAUCAGGAUGAAGAGCACAUGCCAUCUCAAGAUUAUGUUCUUGCAUAUAACUAUGAAGGAAGAGGCUCUCCAGCUGGCUCUGUAGGCUGCUGCAGUGAAAAGCAGGAAGAAGAUGGACUUGACUUCUUAAAUAACUUGGAACCUAAAUUCAUUACGUUAGCAGAAGCAUGUACAAAGAGAUAAUGUCUCAAUGCUACAAUUAGAGAUGUCUUUGCUAUAUGUUUUGGAGGUUUCCAAAAAUGAUACUGCAAAUUUCAGUUACGAUUUAUAUAGAGAUGGCUCCUGACUUAUGAUGGUGCUACAUAUAAUAUUUCAGCUUUAUCAUGGUGUGAAAACUAUGUGCAUUCAAUAGAAACUAUGCUUCCAAGUUUGAAUUUUGUCCUUUUCUCAGGCUAGUAAUUGUGGUUAAUAUGCCCUCUCAAGAUACUGGGCAGUAAUAACCUCAGUUCCCAGAGAACCACAAAAUCACAGGGGUGAAACUCUACAGGGUACUGUGUUUCUAAGCUCUGAUGUUCAGUAGGUCAGUUGCAGUACAUUAAUUUUUGACUUAGAA